UGGAAGGGGAUCGGCAUGCCCCCCGGCCGCCGAGGGGCUAAUGUGGCUAAUGUUUUUCUUCCCAUCAGCAAAGUCCUUCCCAAGCCACGUCCGCCCGCUCCAGCGCCGCCAACGCCGCCGUUGCUUUGCGCUCUUUUAAUCUCUCGGGGUGUUCCCGUCAUGGCUUCCAAAGUCAUUCCCUGGUAUAAGCGGAAUCGCGGCAGCCAAGUGAAAAGUGAUCUCGCUUAUCAGUACAGCACCAAGCGUGUCGUCUCUGAGCAGACGACACAAAGCAGCAAGUCAAGUUCCAAGUCGACGAGGCAGGUGCAGGCCGCGGCCACAGAGGCAAUGGCGGAACCGGAGUACACCAUCCCGGUGUUUCGGCAGAGGACCAGCGAAGAGACAGGAGAGACUGAGGAGUACCAGCGAGUGAGCACAAAGUUGGAAAAGGGCUUGGCUGUCAUCCAGGAGGAACUCCAAAGGAUGAGGAUCUCCACCAAGGCUCAAGUCGAUAGUCUGGCCAUCGAGAAAGAGGUGAAAGAGAAGAUGUACAGGAAAGUGGAUUUGCUGGAGGAAAUCCCGCGCAUGCCAGACUUCAUCGUGGCCUUGCGGCCUCACACCGUGUGGGAGAAGAUGCCCGUCAAACUCUUCUGCACCGUGCUGGGGACCCCCAUGCCCAUCGUCAAAUGGUACAAAGGAGGCGUCCCAGUGGACCCUCUGAGCGCUCCAGGAAAGUACAAGAUUGAGAGCAAGUAUGGAGUACACAGUUUGAUCAUUAGCAGGUGUGUCGUGAGCGACACUGCAGAUUACAGCGCCGUGGCCACCAACACACACGGCACAGCCGCCAGCGCGGCCACAGUCACUGUCAGGAGAGCGAGUGGAGGCGGAUGGUCCAGCCAGAUCGGUAUAGUUCCCCGUCUGAGCGGGAGCCACUUCAGUAAGUUGGAGGUGAGCCUGGUGCAUUGUUUCCCGGUCACAUUCGGCGUGGAGGGCGAGUCGGCCAGCCUGCUGUGCUCCCUGGUGGCGGUCCCCGAUCUCCCCAACCUGCCCCCCACCAUCGAGUGGUACAGAGACGAUAAACUUUUGCAGCCUGGCCCCCUGGUGGACAUGUCGGUGGGCGGCAGUGUGGCUCGCCUGGUGUUGCCCCACCUGGCCAAGGACGACGAGGGUCUUUACACAAUCCGCGUGUUCACCAAGGACGGCACCUCCGAGCACUGCGCCUACCUCUUUGUUUCAGAUGCCACCCCCCCUGUGGCUGGGGCCCCCGGAGCCCCCAUGAGCGUCAAGGCGUAUGACAUCAACUCCGAAUACAUCCUGGUUGCCUGGAAACCACCCAACACCGUCGACGAGGCAGCCAUUACUGGUUACUUUGUGGACAGGUGUGAGGGGGGGAGCGACUCAUGGGUCCAGUGCAACGACGCCCCGGUGAAGGUGUGCAAGUACCCGGUCCACAGCCUGAAGCCGGGCCACUCGUACCGCUUCCGGGUCCGAGCCGUGAACAGCGCGGGUGUCAGCAGGGCCUCCCGCCCGUCCCACGUAGUCACGGCCCUGGACGCCGCCGAGAGCGCCAAGCUGGAAGUGAUUAAGAGGCAGGGAAAGUACCACGUUGUCACCAGGAAUCAUGAGCUGGAAGGCCAGGCGACCAUUCCUGAUCCGCCCAGCGAUGUGCACGCGUCUGAGAUUUACAAAACGCACGUCGUGCUCAGCUGGACACCGCCCAGCCAGCGUGGACCUGCACCACUGUACUACGCCGUAGAGCAGUGUUUGGCGGCUGGCGGCUCAUGGCGGCGCGUCAACACGGGUGUGGAGCUUCGCUCGCCUCGUUCGGCCGUCUUUGAUUUCCCGGACGAGCGCGCUUACCUGUUCCGAGUGUUUGCGUUCAACGCGUACGACGUCGGCCCGGCCUCGGAGCCCUCAGAGCCCGUGAGGAAGGCGCACCGGGACGGUUGUGAGCUGCCUGUUGCAGGCGUAGCAUCCGCUCCAGGCCAACCGGUCGCCACCCGCAACACCAAGUCAUCUGUCUUCGUCCAGUGGGAGGCACCCAGGCAUGGGCAGCAAGACCUGAUGGGAUACUACAUCGACGGCCGCAUGGUGGGCAGCAAGGACUGGUUUGCCUGCAACCACAAACCUUUCAAACUCAACAGGUUUGUGGUGCACGGCCUAACGCCCGGGGAGACCUACGUGUUUCGGGUGCAAGCCGUCAAUGUCUUCGGACUGAGCGAAGAGUCUCAGGAGUCGGGACCCAUCGCAGUAGAGCCGGCCCUGGGUGGGGGGUUUGAGUGUGCCACCCCCAGCUCCCCAUACGGUAUAAGCCUGUUGAAUUGCGAUGGCUCCUCCAUGACGGUGUCCUGGAGCAGCCCCAAGCGCUGCGGUGGCUCCAAGGUCAUCGCCUACUAUGUGGACAGACGCGACGUCGACUCCCUUGUCUGGAAGGAGGUCAACGUAAACGGCAUCAUGGACCGAGUGUGCACAGUGGAUAAUCUGACGGAGGGAACCUUCUAUGAAUUCAAGGUUCAGGCGGCCAAUUUGGCAGGCGUGGGUUUGCCCUCGGCUCCAAGCCUCGCGAUGAAGUGUGACGCUUGGACCAUGGAGCAGCCAGGUCCGGCUUACGAUCUGACCUUCAGCGAGGUCCGCAGUCACUCCCUGGUCCUGGUUUGGAAAGCUCCAGUCUACACAGGGGCAAGCGCCGUUUCCGGGUACUUUGUGGACAUGGCCAAGAAGGGCUCAUGCGAGUUCGUUGCCCUGAAUGAGAGCGCCAUCAGUCAGCGCUACAUGCAGGUAAGCGGUCUGGAGGAGGGCGAGUGGUACGUGUUUCGGGUUCGCACCGUCAACGCUCACGGCAUUGGUAGAGCCUCCCUGGUGACUGAGGCCGUCUGCGCCAGACCUCCUCCGGGCACCAAAGAGAUUUUGACCGGUGUGGACGAGGAAACGGGCGACAUCUUCCUGUCUCUGGAGGCCUCUGACAUCAGCCAGACCUCUGCCUUUGUGUGGUCUAAGAACUACAAGCCCAUCGGCGAUUGCCCUCGUGUCACUGUCACCACCAAAGGACGCACUUCCAGACUGAGUUUCAUGAACCCCGACAAAGACGAUCUGGGCCGUUACUCCGUGCUGGUCACAGACACAGACGGCGUGUCCGCCAGCCACACGCUCACUGAGGACGCACUCAACUCCAUGCUGGAGCUCAGCCAUGCCAUCAGGAACCCCAUCGUCCCACUCAAGCACGGCCUCAACUAUGAGGUACUGGAGAAAGGCCAUGUGCGCUUCUGGGUGCAGGCCAUCAAGCUUUCGCCUGCCGUGACGUACAGGUUCGUCGUGAACGACAAGGAGUUGACCAGCGGCGAGGGACACAAGAUAAGUCACGAUGUGUCUACGGGCGUCAUCCAGAUGAUCGUAGACAAUUUCACCCGAGACAGCGAGGGCACAUACACGGUGCAAAUCCAUGACGGCAAGGCCAAAGCGCAGAGUUCCCUGGUCCUUGUUGGAGAUGUCUUCCUGGCGGUUCUGAAGGAAGCCGAGUUCCAGAGGAGAGAGUAUGUCAGGAAGCAAGGUGCACAUUUCUCAGAGUACCUGACUUUCACCGUGAAUGAGGACUGCACCGUGAUGCUGACCUGCAAGGUGGCCAACGUGAAAAAGGAGACCACCUUCCACUGGUACAAAGAAGACGAGGAGAUGGUUCCGGAAACUCCCCCCAACGUCAUGUCGGGAGCCUGCGCUCUCCCUAUCCCGCUGUUCUCCAGGAAGGAUCAGGCCGUGUACAAGGCCGUGAUCGGAGAUGAGCGUGGAAAGGACACGUCCACCUAUGACAUCUCAGGACAAGUCUUUGAUGACAUCAUCAACGCCAUCGCGAGGAUCGCUGGCGAUUCGGCUUCUGAACUGGUGCUCCAGUGUACUCCGGAGGGUAUCCGUCUGCAGUGCUACAUGAACUACUACACGGAGGAGAUGAAGACCGUGUGGAAACACAAGGAGAGCAAGAUCGUCUCCUCUGAGAAGAUGAGGAUCGGCGGCACGGCCGAGAUGGCCUGGAUGCAGAUUUGUGACCCGUCAGACAAGGAGAAGGGUCUGUACACCAUCGAGAUCUCUGACGGCGUCAAGACCCACGCCAGGACCUUCGAUCUCUCUGGACAAGCUUACACCGACGCCUAUGAGGAGUACCUGAGAUUAAAGGCUGCUGCGUUUGCGGAGAAAAACCGCGGCCGAGUGCUGGGCGGCCUGCCCGACGUGGUCACCAUCAUGGAGGAUAAGUCCCUGAGCCUGACCUGCACAGUAUGGGGCGAGCCCACUCCCGAGGUCACCUGGUUCAAGAACGAGCAGGAAGUGGCCUCCAAUGAGCACACCAGGAUUACCUUUGACGGCGGAAAGUUCUCCAGCCUGGUCAUCAACCAGGUCACGCCUGAAGACUCGGGCAAGUACAGCAUCAACGUGCGCAACAAGUACGGCGGCGAAUUUGUGGAAAUCACCGUCAGCGUAUACCGGCACGGAGAGCAGAUCCCAGAGUUCAAGCUGGGGCAGACCAAGAUGGCCACGCCCGCUGUUAUACCGCCCUCCAAGACACCUACCCCUGCCCCGUCUAAGACCCAGACCCCGGCCCUGUCCAUGAAGAGCCCCACACCCGCCUCCACCCCCAAAUCCCCGACCCCGGCUCCCAAAUCCAUAACCCCAGCCCCCAAAUCCCCCACUCCGGCCCCUAAAUCUCCCACCCCGGGCCUGAAAUCUCCUACCCCAGCCCCCAAAUCUCCCACCCCGACCCCCAAAUCUCCAGGCUUCAAGUCUCCAACCCCCUUUGGAAAGUCCCCGACUCCAACCCCCAAGUCCCCUACCCCCACCCCGACACCUAAGUCCCCGACCCCCAGUGUCAAGUCGCCCACUCCACCCAGAUUCAUGAAGUCUCCAACCCCACCCAGGAAGUAGGUGGUGGCCCACCCUGGCCUUAAAGUCCCUCACCCCUGGCCUGAAAUCUCCAGGCAUCAAGUCUCUGACUUUCUUGGGAAUGUCCCCAACUCCAGCUCCCAAGUUCCCGACACAUACCCUGACACCAAAAGUCCCUGACCCCCAGCGUCAAGUCGCCCAUUAAGAGUCAGGAAGUCCCUCACCCCAGGCCUAAAAUCUCCCACUGCAAUCUACAACUUUCCAACUCGCUUGGGAAUGUCCCCAACUCUAGCCCCAAAGUCCCUGACGCAUUGCCCGACACCAAAGUUCCCAACCCCCAGCGUCAGGUCGGCCACUCCACCCAGAUUCUUGAAAUCUCCAAUCCCAUCCAGGAGGUAGGUGGCGCUUCAACCUGUCCUUGAAGUCGCCCACUCCACCCAGAUUCAUGAAGUCUCCAAAUCCCAUCCAGGAGGUAGGUGGUGGCCCAACCUGGCCUUGAAGUCCCUCAGCCCCGGCCUGAAAUCUCCAGGCAUCAAGUCUCUGACUUUUUUGGCAAUGUCCCCAACUCCAGCCCCCAAGUUUUCCAAACAUACCCUGACACCAAAAGUCCCUGACCCUCAGCAUCAAGUCGCCCAUCUAGAUUCAGGAAGUCUCCAAUCCUGCCAAAGAAGUAGGUGGUGGAGCCCCAAAUCUUUAGCCCCAAAUUUGCCACACACUACCAGCCUUGAAAUCUCCCACCCGACCCCCAAAUCUCAAGGCUUCAAUUCUCCAAUCCCUUUGGGAAAGUCCCCAACUCCGGCACCUAAGUCCCGGACCCCCAGCAUCAAGUCUCCUGCUCUGACCAGAUUCAGGAAGUCUCCAACCCCAUCCUGGAAGUAGGUAGUGGUGAAGGUUUUUAGUAUGAGCGUGAAAGUGGUCGUCACGAAACAUAAAGCAAAAAAUCGAACUUUUAUGGUCACAUAGAAUAUUUGCUUGAUGAGACAUGUUGAAAAGCUGCACCUUCCGCUACGUUACAUGCUAGCAGAAUGCCUGGUGGGGGGCGUCGAAGUGUGGCAGUUAGCACUUCUUGUUUUGGAACCUAAUGUAACAAGCGUUUUUAUUUGGAAGAUCAUCUUAAGUGAUCAGCAUUAAAGGGGACAUUCAGUAUCUAGUAUACAAAUUUGUUGUGUUUCUGGAGUUUCUGCCCACCCAUCAAAUUUAAAAUUAAACAACCAAGUCAAGCUUUGUGGCCACAAAUUUGCCUUUUGUGUGCACUUUAUAUCUACAGUAUGUUGUGGUCACAAUUUAUUAAAAUGUUCACGUCAUGUCUCGGGCUCCGUAGUUUCCUGCUGUUUUUCUAUUUUUCCUUUUUUUGGGACUUGUGAAGAGAAAUGUUCCCCCUCAAUAAACCAUGGUACUGACGUAUGGACCUGG